UUUAUCGAAAUAAUUAGACCUCACCAAAGAAAUGUAGUUAUAGGGGUAUUAUAUAGGCCACCCAAUUCAAAUUUUCAAAUGUUUAUGAACAAAUUGAAUGAAAUUUUGCCUAAAUUUUCAAAAGAACAAAAAGACUGUUAUUUAAUGGGGGACUUUAACAUAGACCUCCUGAAAUAUCAACAGCAAUAUAACAACACCAAUGAUUUUCUUGAUACUAUGUUUUCACAUGCUUUUCUACCAAUUAUCAAUCGUCCUACUAGAAUAACUUCACACACAGCUACUUCUAUUGACAACAUCUUAAUACUAACUGUUUAAUUCAAAAUGACCAAUCUAUCAAUGGUAUACUAUUCACAGACAUUUCAGAUCAUUUGCAAAUCUUUUCUAUAGUUCCUUUGCAGAACAAUGCUGAAUCUAGAAACAUAAGAGUAACUAGACGACAAAUAAAUACUCAUACUAAAGAGCUUUUCAGCGAAGAACUAAAUAGGUGUAAUUGGAAUACAGUCAUUAAUUCUCACAACCCUAAUAUCGCCUAUGAUAACUUUGUUGUUACUUAUAACAACAUAUAUGAAAGAUGUUUUCCAGUCAAAACAAUAACAAGAAAGAAAGCAAAAUUAGCUAGUAAACCUUGGAUCACCAAAGGACUUCUAACAUCUAUCAAAGCUAAAUGUAAACUUUAUAAGGAAUUCAUCUUACGUAACCCCACUCCAUUUGUUGAACAAAAAUACAAGAAAUAUAAAAACAAACUAUCCUGCUUAUUGAAGUUAUCAAAACGUAGUUUCUAUGAUUCCAAGUUUGAAUCAGCUAAAGGAAACCUAAGAGCCACUUGGAAACUUCUAAAUGAAGUUAUUAACAAGAAAAAAAAUAAACCAAAAAUGCCAACAACUUUUUCUCACAAUGGAAAUGAAAUAAAGGAUCCUUUGACUAUUGCAAAUAAGUUUUGUGAAUUUUUCGCAAAUAUUGGGCCAAGCCUUGCCAAAAAACUGCCACACUCAAAUAUCUUACCUGAACAAUAUCUUAGUAAUAGGAUUAGUGAAACAAUCUUUUUAACUCCAGUCACAGAAGAUGAAAUCACACUUCUCUCUGUUGGCUUUAAGAUAGGUAAAGCAACUGGGUUUGAUGGUGUCAACAUUAAAGACAUCAAAGCUAAUAUUCAAUCUCUGGCUAAACCACUGUCACAUGUU